AUAGAGGGAGAGGAGGGGGCGGCGGAGAUUUAUUAGCCUGCAAUCUGGUUGCACACAGGACCGAGGCGAGGAGGGCCUGAUAAGAGCCUUGAAUGGGGGUGAUGUCACAGUGAUGUCAGGCUCGUAGCUUCCAAGAGCAGAAAGCGAGCGAGCGAGUGUCGGUCAAGGAAAGAAAGAGCCUUCUCCCUUCCUCCUGCUCUCUCCCCCCGCCCUUCAGUUUCUCCCCUGGUCUCCGGCGCGGCGGCACGCCCCCUGCGCCUGCUAGCUACCACCUCCCCGCGCCUCAACUUUCGGAUCUGGAUUGUGGAAGGCUCCAGGUAGCGGCCGGACCGUAACUACCUCCGAGUCCCGGGCACCCUGCGUGGCACCGCUUGGCUUUGUCCUGGAGGGAGAGCUUUCUACCUAAGGCAGACAGGGAUCUUCCUGCUCUCUCCAAUCUCCCUGGCUGUGGCCUCCUAUUCCCCCAGCAGUUUCUCGGCCAGCUGCUUCCUCAGGACACUCUUGGGACAGAACAACCUAAAGACAAGUUGUUAUAUUGUUCCUCCAAGUGCCAAAGAAUACUUGCCAUCUUUCCAAAAUGGGGGCUGCACCCAGGACACUAUGGCCAGGCCUUUGGCUCCUCUCCCUUCCUAUCAAAUUGUGCUUGGCUCAAGGGACUUCGCCACCACCACCACCACCACCAGGAUGUGGCAAGGACUUGCAACCCAUCUACUACAACCUCUGUGACCUGUCAGCAACCUGGGGCAUUGUGUUGGAGGCAGUGGCCGGUUUUGGAGUUGUGACCAGCUUUGUCCUCACUGUCAUCUUAGUGGCCAGUGUGCCUUUCAUUCAGGACCACAGGAAGAAGAGCUUAAUAGGGACCCAAGCUUUCCUUUUGUUUGGCACCUUUGGGCUUUUCUGUUUGACCUUUGCCUUCAUUGUCAAGAAGGAUUUUUCAACCUGUGCCUCACGUCGCUUCCUUUUCGGGGUCUGCUUUGCCAUAUGCUUCUCUUGCUUGGCAGCCCAUACCCUCUGUCUCAAUUUCCUUGCCCAACGGAAUCACGGUCCCCGAGGCUGGAUCACCUUUGUUGUGGCUUUGCUCCUGGUCUUGGUUGAGGUGAUUAUCAAUGCCGAGUGGCUCAUUAUCACUCUGGUGAGGAAUGACAGCGCAUCCAAGGACCCCUGCAAAGUGGACAACCCUGACUUUGUCAUGGCCCUCAUCUAUGUGAUGUUCUUGCAAGCAGCUACCUUUGUUGCAGCGUGGCCAGUCCUGUGUGGACGCUACAAGCACUGGAGGAAACAUGCCAUCUUCAUCCUCCUCACCACCUCACUUUCCAUCGCCAUCUGGGUUGUGUGGAUUGUUAUGUAUGUUUACGGCAACCAGCAGGAAGGGGCUCAAGCUUGGGAUGAUGCCACGCUAGCUAUAGCUCUCGUCUCCAAUGCCAGCCUCUUUGUUUUCUUUUAUGUGAUCCCUGAAAUUUCUCAGAUGAUCAAGCCAGGACCAGAACAAACCUAUGAAGAUGAUGUCUACCCCACCAGGGGGGUGGGAUAUGAAACAAUCCUUAAAGAACAGAAAUCCCAGAGCAUGUUUGUAGAGAACAAGGCUUUCUCCAUGGAUGAACCCUCUUCAGCCAAAAAGCCUGUGUCGCCAUACAGUGGAUAUAACGGGCAGCUGUUGACGAGCGUGUAUCAGCCCACAGAGAUGGCUCUCAUGCACAAAGGGCCUUCUGAGGGCCCCUAUGACGUCAUCCUCCCUCGUGCCACAGCCAACAGCCAAGUAAUGGGCAGUGCCAAUUCCACACUGCGUGCUGAGGAUGCCUACAUCUCGCAGAACAAGCAGGCUGUGGCACAGAAAGAUGGAAAGAGUGAACAGGCUUCAUCUCCAUAUAGCAAGAGCAGAUGGUAGAAGGCUACAUCUUGGUUUCGGCAGGCCCCACCCCUUGAGGAUGCCUUGCAAAGCCUGCCUUCGCGAAGGAGCAUCAAACGGGGCUUGACCUCAGGUAGCCUUUAAGAUUUCAUCCUGGGAGUUGAGACAGUAGUUUCUUUUUGUUAUGCAUCUCCCAAGUGCUCUGUGUGGACCCUAUUAUAGAAAAUCUGGGUCACUGUGCUGGGAUGGACCUGUUCUUGUUUUUGUUUUAAUUCUGGACAGUGGAAUCUCUAUUCUCCUUGGAGCCUUCAAUCAGGUUUUUCUUAGUGCCACCUCUGCAGUACAACUAGCCAGCACUUUGGGAACCUCUUUGUUACCCCAAACCUUUGAUGGACCAUGUUGACUCUUGUAAGCAUCUGGUCUUCUCCAGCAACCCCUCCUGUUUAUGUUGUACAAAUGGACCUUUGCUGGUACUGAGAAGCUCUCGUCCAGGCUGCACUUUCACCUGGACUUCAUGGAUUAUUGGGCGUUCCUGCUUUCUAGCUUGUCACCUGAUCCCGCAAGGGACUCGGUUGAGUGCCAUUCUAACUCCUCUAUCAAAGUCCCCAUUGAUGACAGUGUCUCUCAGCAAAAGGACUGGCAUAUGUACAGAAGGACUCCUGGACUCUGCACCUGAGCUGUGGUAGGCUCUCUCAUCUCUCUCCUGCCUUUGGACCAAGUUCUGGAGUGUGACAAUCCUUUGCUGAUCCCAGAAUCUUUCUUGACACCUCACCUGCUGCACCACCCUCCCCACUCAAAAAAAAAAAGUUAAGGCAGCACAAAGACUUCAGUGUUUUGCUCUGAAUGUUGGCGGCGGCAGCAGCGGGGGUCUACUUUAUUGUAUGGGCAACAUCCUAAAAGUCUAAGUGAUGUAAACCCUUUGUUUUCGACGUAUUGGUGCCAUCCACGGAACAUACAAGAAGUGCCAGCUGAUGACAGGGAGCAACUAUGGAUUGUGUAGAGGUGUUCCUUAAAGAGUCAAAUGGUACAUCCUUGUUUCCAUGCAGUAUGGGAAUUGUUGGAGUCUCACACUGUUCGUUAUGUGGUCUAUAGCACUUUCUUGUUAGUAGAUCAGGGAAGUAAAAAUUAUGCAGCUGAGUUUUCUGCAUUUGGGGAAACCGCAGGGGUAAGCACACCUGGCACGCAAUGGUUGAGCCUCACCCUGGGAGAACCACCUUCACGAUCAUGGUAUUUCCCCUGCCAGCAGGCAACUUGGCCCCCAAAGCUCAGUGGGCAACGAGGCACCCAAAGAAAAGCAAAAGACUUAAUAUAGUUAAGAAACUCUGCUUACUAACAUACAACAUGUGGUAUUUUGGGCACCCAGUGCUUAUCUGCCAACAUGUCCCUAUUUCCCCAUUCACCUGAAUCGGAAAAUAGGGACAUGUUGGCAGGUAUAUCAGUGAUUAAUAGGCCAUUGACCUAUUCCAUAGUCAGUUGAGCCUCAAUCCCAUAAUCUUCUGAGCUGCCAUUUGUACAGAUGGUCUUUUGCAUAAUGCGCAGAAUGCAUCUGCUUUCAAGGAGUAGCCAUGUUGAUUCAAACCUAACAAACCUAUUGUGUUUUAAGCUUUUGUGGGCCAGGAUCUACUGUGUCAGAUGAAUGAAGUGUUAUCCUUAAUUGGCAGGUGUGUAUUCAGGCAGUUCCUGACAGAAAGGGAGGGGGGUGUAAUUACAAAGUGAGGCUAGAGAUAGGUUUGUCAUAUUACUAUGCAGAAAGUAGCCACACCUCAACAAAAAACAAUUGAAAGGGAGAUUCCAGCAUAAAGCUGUAGGCAUCUACUUGUUUUUAGAUUUGACAUCCUCAGUCUUGAUCUGCAGAAACUGGAAGUGGCUAGCUCAUGACAAAAGGUAAUUGUCUCACUUACAUCUAGGUGUAAUUUGCACUGGUUGGGAAUGGGUCACACCCAUAUCUGAUGAGAUUUUUUUUACUCUUUUGACUGUAUCUCAUUGAUCUUUGUGUCUGUGUGGUAAUUCUACAUACCUAUUUCUUACAUUGCUGGAUCUGGGCACACAUUGUAGCCCUGUUUCUGUUUGUAUAUCUGUAUUACAUCUAUCUUUGCCGGUAGAGGAUAAUACUUCAUGUAUCUGAUAAAGUGGGCUGUAGUCCAUGGAAGCGUCUGCCACAAUCUGUUUGACUUUAGGGUGCAACAAGACUCUUUGCUGUUUUAAUCCUUGAGGUGUCACACUUUCCCUGCACACAUCCAUGUGCAAGUUGUUGGGCUAUAACCUGAAUAUAGUCUUUAUGCUCCCGACUUCUUGAUAUGCCACAAUUUCUCCUCUCAUAAGAAAGAGGUACUGUUUCUUCAUAGAGAUGGGAAAUGGAUUUUGCUCUAUUGGGGGUGCAGUUGAAGAAAGGUUUGGAGAAAUGAAAAGGGGAAGGAUUGCACAGUUCUAGCAAUACCUUUUCAUUUGUACUCUUCUGGCCUCUGAGAUUGGUGUACUCAGUGCCUUUUGUAGAUGGGCCUACUUUUAUUUUAAGCUCCUAUGAGGCAGGUGUUUUAUAUGAUGGGAGGGAAGGACCAUGUCUUGCCUCUAGGGUCUGCCCCAUCUCUUUGUGAUCAGAAAUAUGAAGAGCCAAUUUACACUCACCCAAACCAUGGCUAGUCAUGAAGAGGCUUGCACUGACUCAUGAUUUCUGUCCAUCCUUUUUGAGAGUGAAGUUCUGUGCCUGGCUGGUUGUGUGUGCAUGUAGCAUUUUGGUGAGAAGUUCUCUGUAUAGAUAAUGAAGUGUGAUGUGUUGAUUUUUUAAGACAUGCUGGCUGUGAAUGAAUUUCAGGAAGUGAUAAAGAGGAGAGUGUGUGUGUGUGUGUGUGUGUGAGAGAGAGAGAGAGAGAGAGAGUGUGAGAGAGAGAGAGACUGUUGUGUUUAAUCCAAGUGUUAUUUAAGUGGGGGUGGAGGAAGGAAGUGUGUCCUUUUAGGGCUGGCUUUUUAGCCCAGAGUUAUCUAGCAAAUAAAUAACCUUUUUUCCUAAA